CAUCUUCUCAACAUGGAUGUUUAGCGUCGUUCAGCCACUCAAUUCGGCUUCAACUUUGGUGGAUAUUAAAAGUGGGGUUGUCAGGGGAUAAACAGAGAGACACAGUAACUCUCAGCAAGCCAUUGGAGACGCGACACUCUCAUGAAUCUCACCGCUCUCUCUUCAGUCGGGUUGUUUACAACAGCAACCUACAUAAACGAGGAGUCAAGAGCCCGCUGGUCAUACUGACCCCAGCCGCAAUACGUCUUGUUCCUCGAACAUUUUACCCAUCUUUUUUCAUUUUCCGGGCUCAAACCACUCGAAAUGGCGGACAACGUUGGCAAGUUCGAGCAAUUUGUCAAGUUCGGGACCGAUGCUUACGGCCUAGAACGCCUCCUCCGCCUCCUCCAAGCCCUCGUCACAAUCCUGCUCUUCACCCCACUCACUACCAUCACCACCGUCACUUCCACCCUCUCCCUUCCCACCUCCCUCCUCCCCCUCCUCACCCCGCAAACCCUCACCCCCCUCCGCAAACGCCUCGCCUCCCUCCGCCAACCCCUCCGCUUCUUCCGCUUCCUCGACUCCUUCGCCGGCGCCUGGUCCGCCCUCUCCGCCCUGCAGUCGGCAACAACGGCAACAACGGCAACACACGACGACGAGAAGAAGCUGAACCCGGCAACGGGUAGUGCUAGUGGUAGUGGUAGUGGUGGUAGCAGCAACUGGGCGCGGCGCGCGGCAGGGUGGGCUGAUUUCGGCGGCCGCGCCUUCACGGGCAUGUACCUACUACUGGAGAGCGCCGUGUUUGUCGAGGCUGUGCUGGACGUGCCUGGGCUGCGGGUGUGGGGCUCGGAGGAGGUGGUGAGGGGGCUGGUGGUGGAUGGGCAGCGGUUUUGGUUUGCGGGGCUGGUGUGUGGGAUCGUGGGCGCCGUGGUGAGGUUGGUGAGUUGGGCGGAAGGGGAGAAAGGGGGGAGGGGGAAGGUGGUGAGGAGGCUGGUGGCGGAUGUUAUGGAUUUGGCGGUGCCGGGGUCGGUGGUCGGUUGGGUGCCGCUGGAGCCGCGGACGGUUGGGUGGUUGAUGGUGGGGAGUACGGUGCUGACGGGGAUGGAGGUCUGGGAGAGGUGCGGGAGGGACGUGGCUGUUGCGAAGAUGGCUGUAGGGGAUAGGAGGUGA